UACUUCCGGUCACGUGAUCUGUGCUGCUCAAUCGACGUUUCGAGCAUAUGCGAUCAUUUUAUUGAUAUGAUAAGCACGGAUAUUUAUGACUGUCCGAUUAAAAAUUCCCCACUUUUAACUGAUUUUGUGUUAUUCGCGAAAGCCGGGAUUGACCCGGAAGUAAAUACGGGCUCGCGGAUUUUUGGGGUAAAGAAAUGGGUGUAACGUGUGUGUGUCAGGUGCCGGUGUCCGAGGGCAAGAGCGUGCAGCAGACGGUCGAUGUCCUGCAUAAGAAGCUGGAGACGCUGGGCGCCGUCAAACAGGGCAACUUCUGGGUCGACUGCGAGACGUACCACGCUACGGGGAACGCCACCGGUCAGCCGAGUAAGCUGCUGUACGUGAUGCAUAACUCGGAGACGCCGCUGAGCUGCAUGGCUCUGUUCGAGGGCGGACCGGGGCUCAGCGCGGACGCUAACUUUGACGUCCUGAUGGUGAAGCUCAAGAGCCACUUCCAGAACGCCAAAGGCCAUAAAGUGGAGAGUCGCGGUGUCCGUUAUCGCUACUGCGACUUCCUGGUGAAGAUCGGCACCGUCACCAUGAGCUCCAGCGCUAGAGGCAUUUCAGUCGAGGUGGAGUACUGCGCGUGUGUGAUCCCUGGAGACUGCUGGAACCUCAUGAAGGAGUUCAUGCAGAGCUUCCUGGGCUCGCACACUCCCGAGCUGCCGGCGGUGUUCACCAGUAAGCCCGAGGGCCUGAGCGUGCCGGUGGACUGCAUGGACACCAUGAGCCAGUACCUGGAGCUGUUCGGCCGGGUCCGCAAGCAGCAGGUGCUGCCCGGCAGCGGCGUACGAUGAGGACCUGCGAGACACUCCUGAGACAACAUUUCUCGUCUCCUUUGUGUUUGUAUUAUUUCAGUAGUGGGUGCCUAUUUUCUGUGUACAUUGGAAUUUGUAAAAUAAACAGUUUACUUUGAA